AUGCCAGUUAAAUCUAAAGAAAAUCUUCCAUGGGUGGAAAAAUAUCGUCCUGAUAGCCUUGAAGAAGUGAAAGGUCAACAAGAAAUUGUUGAUACUGUUCGUAAAUUUGUUGAAACGGGGAAAUUACCACAUUUAUUAUUUUAUGGUCCACCAGGAACUGGUAAAACAUCCACCAUUAUUGCUUUAGCCAAAGAAAUUUAUGGUGCCACCAAUUAUAAAAAUAUGAUUUUAGAAUUAAACGCAUCCGAUGAUCGUGGUAUUGAUGUUGUUCGUAAUCAAAUUAAAAAUUUUGCUAGUACUCGACAAAUCUUCACCAAAAACACUAGCCAAACUGCAUCAAAUAAUCAAUUUAAAUUAAUCAUAUUGGAUGAAGCUGAUGCUAUGACUAAUGUAGCUCAAAAUUCAUUACGUCGAGUCAUUGAAAAAUUCACCAAAAAUUGUCGAUUUUGUAUUUUAGCCAAUUAUUCUCAUAAAUUGAAUCCAGCGUUGAUUUCUAGAUGUACUCGAUUUAGAUUCACUCCUAUUGAUAUUUCCGCCAUUAAAGAUCGAUUAAAUACUGUGAUUAUUAAAGAAAAUGUUAAUAUUUCUCCAGAGGCCAUUGAUGCAUUAUUGAAAUUAUCAAAUGGUGAUAUGAGAAGAGCAUUAAAUGUUUUACAAUCAUGUAAAGCUGCCUUAGGUGAUGAAGAAAAAGAAGAAGAUGGACAUGCCAAUGAUGAGAUUGAUGUGGAUAUGAUUUAUGAUUGUGUUGGUGCACCACAUCCUCAAGAUGUUGAAACUUGUUUAGAUUCAAUAUUAAAAGAUGAUUGGACUACCGCUUAUCUAACAUUAAAUAAAUAUAAAACUAUUAAAGGAUUAGCGUUAAUUGAUUUAAUUACGGGGUUUAUUGAAAUUUUGAAUAAUUAUAAAUUGAAACCGAAAACAAGAUUAGAAAUUUUGAAAGGUUUAAGUGAUAUAGAAUAUGGUAUUUCAAAAGGUGGUAAUGAUAAAAUCCAAACUAGUGCUAUAAUUGGUGUCAUAAAAGAUGCUAUGGAAUUUGAAGCAUAG